GAGAGAUUCGCGCAGGUUCUGGUGAUCACUUCGGCUGGGAGAGGUGGGGCGGUCAUGGCAUGAGAGCUCCUGAUGUAGUAUUGAUGUUUAAUUGUAGUCAAGCACCCUGCAGCUGCAACAGAUAGACGUGCCUACCAUCUACUGACCUUAGUCUGCAUAGUUCUGAAUCCAGUGCUGUCUGAAUAUCAUAUGCCUGGCUUCUAGAGCUCACGGUACAAAAUUAAUUUCCUUAGUAAAAAGCUGACCUGAGUCAGUGAUUUCCUCUGAACUAGUUUCGGUUUGGAAAGUUAGCUGUUUUGGGCUAGAUGGCCCCUCGUGGCCCUUAUAAAACCGUGGAACCAGCUUCGAAGUCCGGGGUUCAGUUUGAGAACCUACUUAAUUCAGCUCCUUAACUUUUCUGCAUCACAAUAUGGAAGCCUUGGUAUACAGAUCUAACUCAGUCAUCUUCAAUUCAAAGCUAAGUGUUCUGGAGGCUGAUGUUUGGUGUCUUUUUUUUUUUUUUUUUUUUUUUAAAGAGAUGGAGUCUUGCUAUGUUGCCCAGGCUGGACUCGAACUCCGAGGCUCAAGGAAUCCUCCCGCCUCAGCCUCCCCAGUCCUUGGGACUACAGGCAAGGGCCACCACACCUGGCUCUGUUUAAUGUCUUUUAGUGAGUUUCAUUGCUAAGGUUGAGGCUUAGGGGGUGAACUUAGGUGAGUUGUUCCACCUUCCGCACCUCAGUUUACUCAACUAUAAAAUAAAUGCAACUAUCUAUUUCAAUGGAUCACCUGAGAUGGUGAAAGUGCUUUUAUACUGUAAAGCUUGAUUCAAGUCCAUUAACCAUUCAUUUGUCCUACAUGUACUGAAAGCUUCCUGGUAUAUGCCUAGCACUGGGGAGACAAGGAAACAGAACGGACAUGGUGUCCACCCUCAGGGAAAUUGGAGUCCACUGCGGGAAGCAGAGAAGUAAAUAGAGAAUUAGGGGAAGGGAGUGUGCCAAUGGGAUUUAGGAGAAGGGAAGAUUAAGCUGUGGGGUCACUUACUAAUUUGGAUUUGGGGAUUUGGCAGGAGCUAAAGAUCACCCUGAACUCCUCCUUUAGCUUUUUUUUGUUUUUGUUUUGUUUUUUUUUUUUUUGAGAUGGAGUCUCACUCUGUCGCCCAGGCUAGAGUGCAGUAGCGUGAUCUCGGCUCACUGCAAUCUCUGCCUCCCAGCUCAAGCGAUUCUCCUGCCUCAGCCUCCUGAGUAGCUGGGACCACAGGUGCGCACCAACCAUGCUUGGCUAAUUUUUAAGUUUUUUUUAGUAGAGAUGGGGUUUUGCCAUGUGUGCCAGUCUGGUUUUGAACUCCUGGCCUCAUGUGAUCCGCCCGCCUUGGCUUCCCAAAGUGUUGGGAUUAUAGGUAUAAGCCACCACACCUGGCCCCAACCCUCCUUUAGCUCUUAAGUGGGCUCUUUGCCUAGAUCUAGAAACCAAAUUGACACCGGGCAGAUUAGCAAGAGAAAAGCAUACAAGUGUUAUUAGUUUUACAUGUGCAUGGGGAUCUUUACCAGAGUGAAGUCUAGAGAAGUGGCCAAAGCAAGAUGCUUUUAUACUUUUUAGACAAAGGAUGACAAAUUUGAGAAGAAACGGCAGGACAAAGGGGAUCUGGCUAGGGGCAGUAAAUUCUAGGGGAUUCACUAGGAGAUAAUAUGAGAGGCAUAAACCUAGUGGAAGACAGGGUUAAGUAUAUUUAUUCAGGUCCAUUGCAGUCCCCAAUUCUUAGUCUCAGGUGAUAAGGGCUAUUUUCUUGCCCUGGUACAGUGAGGGUACCCCUCCUAGAGGAAUCUUUAUGGCUUGCUGAAUGCAGAAAGAAGCAUAUCUGUUUGCCUUUUCUUGUAUCUUUUUUGAAAAAUUAUUUUUAUUUAUUUAUUUAUUUAUUUUAGAGUUGAGGUCUCACUCUGUCACCCAGGCUGGGGUGCAGUAGUGUGAUCAUAUCUCACUGUAACCUCAAACUCUUGGGCUCAAGCAACCCUCCCCUUUCAGCCUCCAAAGUGCUAGGAUUACAGGUAUGAGCCACUGCACCUGGCCCAGCUAGCCCUUUCUGAGGCCACUAUUUUUCCAAUGUUGUCAACUCAAAAUGGUCAAUAUACCAAUCCAGCAUACUUUGGGAUGGCCCAUACUUCACUCCUUCAGGGAGAAGGAAGGUUUCAUGGAAGAAGUGUUCACCAAGUUGCAUCCUGAAGGAUAAAGAGCCGGCCGCAGCCUUGCAGGUUUGCGCCUGCGCAGUGGACGCUGAGUAUGUAGACCGCGGCGCCGCGGACGCUGCUGGAGUCGCCUGGCAACGAUGUCGCCUGGCAACUGAAUAGAUUGGCCACUGGCGCGGGCUACUGGAAGCAGAAAGGGCUGCGGAGGCAGUGAGUGGUUUCUGCAGGGCUUCAUUUCGAAAGGCCUCUGUAGUUGGGGAAAGAUGGCCCAUUCCCAGAACUCCAUGGAGCUUCCCAUUAACAUCAAUGCUACCCAGAUUACCACUGCCUAUGGCCAUCGGGCCCUGCCCAAGCUGAAGGAGGAGCUGCAGUCGGAGGACCUCCAGACGAGGCAGAAAGCCCUCAUGGUCCUGUGUGACCUCAUGCAUGACCCCGAGUGUAUCUACAAGGCCAUGAACAUAGGCUGUAUGGAGAACCUGAAAGCUUUGCUGAAGGAUAGCAACAGCGUGGUGCGGAUAAAGACCACCGAGGUGCUCUACAUCACGGCGAGCCAUAGCGUGGGCAGAUACGCCUUUCUAGAGCACGACAUCGUCCUUGCCCUGUCCUUCCUGCUGAAUGACCCCAGCCCAGUCUGCCGGGGGAACCUGUACAAGGCAUACAUGCAGCUGGUCCAGGUGCCUAGAGGGGCCCAAGAGAUCAUCAGCAAAGGUCUGAUUUCCUCACUGGUAUGGAAGCUGCAGGUGGAGGUGGAGGAGUUCCAGGAGUUCAUCCUGGACACACUGGUCCUCUGCCUGCAGGAGGAUGCCACCGAGGCCCUGGGCAGCAAUGUGGUGCUUGUCCUGAAGCAGAAGCUCCUCAGCACCAACCAGAACAUCCGCAGCAAGGCCGCCCGUGCGCUCCUUAAUGUCAGCAUGUCUCGAGAGGGCAAGAAACAGGUGUGUCAUUUUGACGUCAUCCCCGUCCUGGUCCAUCUGCUGAAAGACCCGGUGGAGCAUGUGAAGUCUAACGCCGCCGGUGCCCUGAUGUUCGCCACAGUGAUCACUGAAGGGAAGUAUGCGGCCCUGGAGGCACAAGCCAUCAGCCCGCUCCUGGAGCUGCUGCACUCCCCCAUGGCCGUAGCGCGCCUGAAUGCCACCAAGGCCCUUACCAUGCUGGCAGAGGCCCCCGAGGGCCGCAAGGCCCUGCAGGCGCACGUGCCCACUUUCCGUGUCAUGGAGUUGGAGACUUAUGAAAAGCCUCAAGUGGCCGAAGCCUUACAGCAGGCAGCCCGGAUCGCCGUCAGUGUCAUCGAGUUCAAACCCUGAGCCCCUCAUUCGCCUCUGUGAGUGAAUAAAUGCGCUAAGUCUCUUUA